UCUGCCACUAUCCCUCUCAUAAAUAUCCAAUCUCCCUCUCUAUCGCUCUCUGCAACUGCUCUAUUCAACUUGGAGCAGAGACUCAACCACACCAACCAAAUUUUUAUUUAUUUAUUUAUUCAAAUAAAUAAAAACUUUAUAAUAUUUAUCGAUAAUUUCAACUAUGGGAAGCAACACUGUUGAUAUUUCCGACUCCAGCAAUCCCAAUGCUCCCUUCAAGCGCACUAGGAGCCACUUCGUUUUCCGCCUUCUCUGCCACGCGUCACGCGUCGGAGCUUUCAUCGGAAAGUCCGGUUCGGCGAUUAAGUCGCUUCAGCAACUCUGUGAUGCUAAGAUCCGAGUUGACAAUGCCCCGAUGGAGUGUCCUGAGAGAGUUAUUGUGAUUGUCAUCAAGCUUGAUGAAGGUCAUGAUGGCGGAGAAGUUCCCAAGGCGACGGAGGCUUUGCUGAAGGUGUUUGAGAGGAUACUGGACGUGGCUGCUGCUGAGAGUGAAGGGACUGAAGAAGUUGGAGAUAGGGUGGUUUCGUGUAGGCUGUUGGCGAAUGGUGGUCAGGCGGGUUCUGUUAUUGGAAAAGGAGGGAAGGUUGUGGAGAAGAUUAGGAGUGAUACUGGAUGUCGAAUUAGGGUUUUGAAUGACAAGUUGCCGGUUUGCAUUAAGCCUUCCGAUGAAAUCAUUGAGAUACAAGGCACUGCAUCAUCUGUUAAGAAGGCCCUCAUUGCUAUUGCUGGCCGACUUCAAGGUCCUCCUCCUCCUCCCGACAGAACAAAGAUGAUGGGAACCAGACCUAAUGAAGUAUCUCAGCGUGAAACUUCUGAUGUUCCCCAUGAGGGUUUAACUGAUCCUAAUAUGGAUUGCCAUUUGCAGCAGACCUCUGCAUUAUCUACUUCACCCAUUAGGUCUGAUGUCAGUGCCUCUAAAGUUCAUCCGUUGUCAGCUGAAGCUAAUAGAGUCUCAGCCCUGGAUCCGGAAGCACUUCAGCUGGAAGUUACCUUUAGAAUUCUUUGUUCCAGUGAUAGGAUUGACACUGUAAUUGGGAAAGAUGGAAGUACUUUGAAAACUCUUCAGAACGAAACAGGAGCUGGUAUAAUUGUUGGUCCCCCAGUAUUUGAGUGCGAGGAUCGGCUGAUUACUGUUACUGCUUUAGAGAAUCCUGAAUCGAGAUUUUCUCCAGCACAGAAGGCUGUUGUGCUUAUUUUCUGCAGGUCUGUUGAGGGUUCUGUUGAGAAGGGGCUAGACUUGCGAUCAUACAAGGGGCCACCUGUCACUGCACGACUUGUAGUCCCAUCCAACCAAGUGGGUGUUUUGUUAGGGAAAGCAGGAGCAAUAGUCUCCGAAAUCCGGAAGGCCACGUGGACCAACAUCCGAGUAAUUGGGAAUGGUCAAGUUCCAAAGUGUGCAUCUUAUAAUGAUUUUUUUCAUCAGAUAUCAGGUGAUUUUCCAAAUGUUCAAGAUGCAUUAUAUAAAGCUACUAGUAGACUGCGAGAUAACUUUUUUGCCAUAGCCCAAAACACUGGUGGAGCUGGUAUCUACAGGAGACCGAGUGACUCCGUUCCUUCAAGUCUUGGAGGCACACCAGUUGUUGGUGCUAAUCGUGACCUCAAUGUUCAUUCUUUAUCUCAAAGCAUAGAUCAUCUGACUCUUUCUCGAAAUUUAGACCGCUCUUCUGGAACAGGGGUAUGGACACCAAAGACGGUGGGUGGGAUAAAUUCUGGAUUCCCUGAUGAUGUGAGCAGGAGAUGGACUCCUCAUAAAGGUGGCUUAGAUCUUGGCAGUGGAAUUGCAACUUCUGUUGUAACUAAUACAACUGUGGAACUUAUGGUUCCGAAUAAUAUUAUUAGCCGCGUGUAUGGGGAAAAUGGUAACAAUCUGAAUCAGUUGAGACAGAUAUCAGGUGCCAAGGUUACCAUUCAUGAAGCUCAUCCGGGAACAAGUAACGGAACAACUAUUGUCUUAUCGGGCACACCUGAUGAAACCCAAGCAGCGCAGAGCCUUCUCCAAGCUUUUAUUAUCAAUGGAUCAUGAUAAUAUCACCUGGCCGAUGCCCCUUAAAUUUUCAACAGUUUUGAAUUUUGUCAGACAUAGUUUUCCCAUUUUUGCGAAUAAUUUUUUGACCUCACCAAAAAGCAUGUAUAGGUCAUUAAUUUUAUCCCGCCAAUAAUCUUUUGAUAAAUCAAUUCAGUGCAGGCUGUUCAUUGAACGGUAAUAUAUCGUCUCAACCCUGGUCUCUUGAUUCUCUUUAGGGUAUACUUCAACUCAUUGUGUUCAACUAUUCUUUUGGAAGUAUUUUCCUGAUAAAGAUUUCAACUCAUUGUGUUCAACCAUUCUUUUGGAAGUAUUUUCCUGAUAAGGA